AUGAGAGCUUAUAGUUCAGCGAUCGGUUAUGAGAAUCAAUUGAACUCUGUAUGUGACAUUUCACCCUUGCUGAGUGAGGUUAGCCUCAUGAAGACUGUCACCUCCAUUUGCCCCUACUCAAAGCUGCUGACCUACGAGUUCUACUGCAAUCUGAAUGAAGAAAUUGACAAUCUUACGGGGACCCGGUGCAUGCCGAUUUUCAUCAGAGGAAAGUGGUAUGUUUUCGGUCCAGACGUGAUUAAUGAAUACUAUGGGUUGAAGGGUGUUGAUGAAGAAGAGAUUACGGAUUGGGAUUUGGUUGCAAGGACUCUCACUGGCGUUGGCAAGCAACUGGCUGCUCUCCUAUUCCGUAUUGGCACCAAAAUGUCCAUUGAUCUGGGGAAGUGGAUCUUCUAUCAUUUCCUCACAUUGAUUCAUCAGAGGGAGCAGAAGGUAAGAUUGCCUUAUCCUAAUCUCAUAUUUGGAGUUCUGACGACGCAGGGCCUAGUACCAAUGCCAAGUGAGAUUAUCAGUCCAACUCUGCUUUAUACUGUUGAUCCACGCCUCUUGAAUGGCAAGCACAUCCGAGAUGUUACACCUGUUAAUGCUCCUCCAUCAUCUGAUGCUGGCACUCCUACUGACGACUCGUCACAUGCAAAGGAUGUUCAACUAUCUCUCCGUCUGAAGGCUCGGGUGUCUGAGCUUGAAACUGUUAAUGGCAUUAUUGCGAAGCAACUCACUGCAGCCCGUACUGAUCUUGCGACUGUUUUGCUUCGUCUGAGCUUGACUGAGUCUUAUGCUGCUGAGAAUGUGAAGUCUGACAGUGAAGGUCCCUCGAAUUCUUAA